AUGCUCCCGCAAGCCCUGCCGCGCGCGGCGCGUGCAACCGCACCUAGAGCCCUUGCCAGCAGGCGAUACGCCUCGCACGGCGCCCACUACAACGAACCGACUGGCAACCUGUUCGGCGAACCGCCACUGGCACCCGGUCAGAAACGCAAAUGGGAGUGGUGGGAGCCGCUUUGGUACUUUGGCAUGUACGGUGGGAUGGCGGCGGCAGCGGUUGGCUUGUACUUCAAGCCGGACACCAGCAUCAAGACCUGGGCGCUCAAGGAGGCCAAGGCACGCAUGGAGGCUCGCGGAGAGGCGACAGACUAUGCCUCGUACAAGGCGGCCAAGGAAGGCGCAUAA